AACUCAGUCAGCUUGCAGCGAUGCGCGCAUGCGCCGCUAUCCUCAUACUCUCGGCGUGGCCAUGUUUUAUUCAAACGUUAAAUUCGCGUACGAAUCGCGAAACCAGUUCAAAUUUCGCGGAUACAAGUGAUAAUGUAAUUCACCAAAUUUCUACAUGUGUAAAUAAAUUAGGGCUCACGAAGUGCAUCGGGGCUUACGGUAACUGGCGAGCAGAGGGAGCUAUCGACAAUGAAGUGCGACAGUUCAAUACUUAUAGAGAAACGUUCCCAUGGCAGCUAUAUAGAAAUAUUACUAACGAAGAUAUUCAAGCAAAGCUUUGUGACAAUACGAUAAAGCUUCUUGAAACAAGAAGUCUUAAACUUAACUUAACUCAAAGUUACGUUUUAGAAUUUGGGGGUAAAGGCAAUGGAUCACUUAACAUCGAUAUCUUAAAAUGCGAUGAUGAAUUCGUUGGAAGAGGCAGCAUGAAAAAACUUCGAAAACAUUUUUAUAAAAUAAUGCCAUUUUUAUUAAUACCCGGUCUCAUAAUGUCCGCUAUCUUGCCUUUCAUCUUGCCUUCAUUGAAAAUGAUGACCUUAGCAGCCGGGAUGCUCAACAAUAUGGCUCUUACGGGAGCUGUGUUCACACUACUCAGAAACAACGCUUUCAAUGACAAAUAUGAAAAGAAGAUAAUUUAUAUAAAUGACGGCUAUUAUAAUGAUAAAUACUUGCCACUCGCCGACACGCCAUCUCAAGUUAUAGUCGACGGAAAUUUUGAUAGUAAAUAUAACGAUUACGAUAAUCAUGACCUUAAGGAGUUUAGUUAUUUAGAAAAGCAACCUGUUGUUAAUGACUAUCAACUAAAUUCAGAGUGGCUGAAGGGAAUAAAUGGAGGAAAAGUAAGAAAUGUUCAAAUUUUGCCGGAAAAAUUCAACACGAACGAUUGGAGGAAGCAAGACGAGGUUGUUAAAACCGUCGAAGUGCCAGAAGAAAAUAAAAUUAAUUGAAUACUUGUAAAUUUCUUUUCGUGCACUAAUUUAAUUGCUACUGCAUAAUUAUCUAUAUUUACAUGAAUGCAGUAGUAGAGCUAUCCAUCCAUCUGUUUUGUUUCACGAUUAUACUUAAUACUAUGAAAUUCAUCAGGAAGAAGCUUGAAUCCUAGCCAUGGACAUUUUUGAAUCAACUCUAAGAGGGUAAAAUAUUAAAUAGUAUACUAGUAUAUAAUAUAUACUUGGCGAUCAAAUCUCGUAGAAAAACCAGUUUAUAUACAAGGUGAAAGUAAAAUCUGUGAAAGAUAUUACUAGAAAUAUUUGUUAAUUUUAUAUAGUAAUUUAUUUUAAUAAAAGCUUAUUGUUUCAUUAGCAUAGACUUGCUAAUGUUGUAUCAAAACUUGGUGUUAUAUUUUUCCUCAUGACAACUCAUAUUGACGAACCCAAAAGUGCAAAAAUAUGUAAUAUAAUUAAACAGA